AUGGAAGGGAUAGCUAUCAACAAUGCUGAGGAAAAAGAGAUUGUAUGGCUAAUCAAGAUGGAAGAUGCCCAGAACCUGGACAAGUUUUUAGUUACAGAGACAGGAUGUGAGAAACCAGAUUUUCUAAAUCCUGCAGAGUCAAGAACAGUAGCAAGCUUUGAAAAACACCUUCAUCUUCAGAAGAAGCAACUUAUUCACAAUAACAUUCUUCAGAUAACUACUCUUAUUAACCAUAAGGAUAAACCAAAGAGAUCAGACAAGACUCUACAAGCAAUUCAGCGGGUGGGCCAAGCAGUUAACCUGGCAGUUGAAAGAUUUGUUACAGUAGGAGAAGCCAUAGCCAACGAAAAUCGAGAAUUGAAAGAGGAAAUGAGUAUUGCUUGCACUGAGGCAAAACGAGCAGGUGAAACAAUUGCACAACUUACCGAUGUAGCUAACUUGGAUCAUCCAGAAUCUGAUGGCCGGAUAACAAUUUUUACAGACAAAACAGGAGUAGUAAAAGCUGCAAGAUUGUUGCUUUCUUCAGUGACAAAAGUGCUGGUGCUGGCAGACAGAGUAGUUAUUAAGCAAAUUAUAGCUUCCAGAAACAAGGUUCUUGCAACAAUGGAACAGCUAGAGAAAGUGAGUAGUUUUCAAGAGUUUGUGCAAAUAUUCAGUCAGUUUGGAAAUGAAAUGGUGGAGUUCGCCCAUUUAACCGGAGACCGACAAAAUGAUUUAAAGGAUGAAAAGAAAAAAGCUAGAAUGGCCGCAGCUAGAGCUGUUCUUGAGAAAUGUACCAUGAUGCUUCUCACUGCUUCAAAGACAUGCCUGAGACAUCCUGACUGUGAAUCUGCUCGUUUAAACAAAGAAGGAGUGUUUCAUCGAAUGAGAUUAGCUUUGGAGCAGGUAAUAGAGAUCAUAACUGACUCUAGACCCAGUGGAGAGAAUGAAAUGGUCCCCAUAUGUAUAUAUGCUAGCAUCAAAGUAUUCAAGAAUAAGGUGGAAGGUCUUCGGGAGAAUCUUUAUGUUAUCUCUCAGGAGAAUCUUUCAGCAAUGCUGGACCUCAUUCUGGAACACACAGAGGACUUUACUGAUUCUGCCUACACCAGCCAUGAGCACAGAGAACGCAUCUUGGAGCAGUCCAAGCAGGCUAAAAUGGAACUAGAGCAGCUGGUUUCAGUGUGGAUGCAAGCUCAAAGCCAGAAAACAAAAGACAUCACAGAAGACUUGGAAAUAGCCAUACUAAAAACAUGCCAGUGUAUGAAUGAACUCAAAAGAGAACUUCACCAUGCAGCUACAUCAUUGGCAGCAGACCUGCUAAGAUACCAUGCAGAUCACAUGGUUUUGAAGGCAUUAAAAAUCACAGGCAUGGAAGGAAAUCUAGAAGCGGUAGCAGAAUAUACUUGUAAGCUAUCAGAGCAGAAAGAGCAGCUUGUUGAGACAUGUCGCUUGUUGAGGCAUGUUUCUGGAACAGAGCCACUUGAAAUUACUUGCAUACAUGCAGAAGACACCUUUCAAGUCACUGGCCCACAGAUCAUUUCUGCUGCAGAAACAUUGACAUUACAUCCAUCUAGUAAGAUUGCAAAAGAAAAUCUUGAUGUGUUUUGUGAGGCUUGGGAGUCCCAGCUGAGUGACAUGUCCAUGUUGUUGAGAGAAAUCAAUGAUGUGUUUGAGGGAAGACGAGGAGAGAAGCGUGCUUACCUAUCACUUCCCAGGCCAGGGAAGCAUAAUGCAAAUCUGAAGGCAUUAAAGCCAGUCAAACUGGAUAGUGAGGAACAAGCAAAACUUGGAAAACUUGGAUUGGAACUGCAUUUCCUCACCUCUGAUGUAGACUCUGAGACUGAGAAAUGGGAGGACCAAGAAAAUGAGAUUGUGCGCUAUGGACAAAGUAUAUCCAGCAUGGCCCACACUAUGUACUUAUUUACCAGAGGAGAAGGGCUGCUGAAGACUACCCAGGAUUUAUUUCACCAGGCAGAGGUCUUUGCUACAGAGAGCAUAAAACUUGCUUCAGUUCUCACUGCCUUUUCUAAUCAGCUGGAAGAUGACCACAAACCUUUGCUUCUGUUGGAGAUUGACAAGCUGAUCCCCGUGUGCCAGCAGCUUCAGAUAACAGCUAAAAACACUGUUCAGGGGAAAAGUGCUACUUUUACAAAGGUUGACACGUGCAUUCGCAAAACAAAGGGUGUAAUGACCAUAUUAUCCCAAGUUCUCCCACUCAGCUGCAAGCUACUGAGAAAAUGUGGAACUGGAAACGGCUGGCUUAGAUCACCUCGUCCAUGGAGACAGAACAGAUUACAAAGAAAUACAAAUGACGACAGCAUGGAAGGGAAAACUGAUGCCUUUGGAAUAAAAUCCUUGGAACAUCAUGUAACAAAUCUGACAUUUUUAGAGAGCAAAUAAUUGUGUUUAGGAAUGGAAGAAUUUCAUGUGGAAAUUACAAACUGGCUAAAGUUUCAUAGUUGCUUUCUUUUGCAAAAGAUUAAGCAAAUUAUUUGAAUUAAAGCUGUUGAGACCUUCUCACAUCUAAUAGAUGUCAUGGUACUCAACAGUAACAAUUGCAACAGUCAGUUUAACUGUUCUAUAUUUUUAUAAUGUGAAUGUGUCUCCUUUGCUUACCCUUAAUGCUGUUAUUUUUUUAACUAACACUUGUAAACAUGUUAACGAAAGUUUCACCAAAAGAUGCUGCUAAUAAGACAUUUAUGCAGAAAAACUGGAUAAUUUUAGAGGAUACAUGAUGCACGUAAUACUACUAUGGAAGUUAGUCACUCGUUGGCCAGUAUGAGGAAGAUAAUCUGGAAGGUUCUGGCCUGAAGCACUGAAUGUUGCCGUCUUAACUAUUAGAUAUUUCUGUAAUGAACAAAGCUGAUGGAAAACCUCAUCUGCUUUGCAAUAUACGCGCCAUUUUUAGGCUAGUUAUAUUUAAAUAAUUUAAUUUCACUGCUGUCAAUCUGAACUAAAUACCUGUUGAUCCUCCAAAAAAUAUUUUAUAUUUCCAGUGAACUAAUACUUAA